ACUGGCGUUGGGCGUUCAAGCGAUGGCUCGCACGAAGCAGACGGCCCGCAAGUCGACCGGCGGCAAGGCCCCGCGCAAGCAGCUGGCCACCAAGGCGGCCCGCAAGAGCGCGCCGGCCACCGGCGGCGUCAAGAAGCCGCACCGCUACCGGCCCGGCACGGUGGCCCUGCGCGAGAUCCGGCGCUACCAGAAGUCCACCGAGCUGCUGAUCCGCAAGCUGCCGUUCCAGCGGCUGGUGCGCGAGAUCGCGCAGGACUUCAAGACCGACCUGCGCUUCCAGAGCUCGGCCGUGAUGGCCCUGCAGGAGGCGUGCGAGGCCUACCUGGUGGGGCUCUUCGAGGACACCAACCUGUGCGCCAUCCACGCCAAGCGCGUCACCAUCAUGCCCAAGGACAUCCAGCUGGCGCGCCGCAUCCGCGGGGAGAGGGCCUGAGCCACACGGUCUGCCCACGCCUUCACAAAGGCUCUUUUCAGAGCCACCCACAUGCACGCUGAAAAGGCCUGUUUCCCUGUAAUCUGUAGUGCGGUUUCACCUGCCAGAUAGGCCCCAUUUCCGGGCAUUUUACAAUUUUCUUUCUGGAAGUGUCUACUGAAGUUCCUUAAGUGCAUUUUCCUUUACCUUGACAGGUUUGCACUCUGGCUUAUACUUCCCCUACUUGAUCUGUUCGGCUCUGGUGUGCGUCUCAGAACGGCACACAACUUCGUUUAAGCAUACAGGAAGACUACCUGGAAAUUGCAUCGUUUCCUUUCUACUUUGUGAAGCUGAUGGAAAGAAAUUUCUAAGUUGCAUGGUACUUUAGAAAUUGUGUAGUAAGAUCACAACUGCUAACUGUUAAGCCAUCAACCAUGAUCCUGCUAUUUGCCUUCCUGUAAGUGACUUCAUCGUAAGUAGGACCUGUGAUCUCCACAGCUGGAAUUUAGGAUGGUGCCAAUAUUUUACCAGUUAGAAAUGUCCUAAUACCUUCCAGGAAAAGAAAGUAUUCUGUGUCCUGUCAGUAAUCUGCCUUCCCCUGGAAGGAAAUGUAGAUGUGAACCCUCCCUCACAAAUCACUCCCCAACACACACUUGAGGCCAUGGUGAUCCACUCUAAGGCCAAAUUCUAACCAGAAUGGUAUUCUUGAGUGUUAAGCAGUGCCUUCCUUUCAUAUGGGCUGGGAAACAAAGCACCCACAGAAGUCCCUGUCCCCACUGAUCAAUACUCUUGCUGCCUGGGCAGAGCCCCCUCUCCUGGAGAUAAAGCAUGAAAUUGAAUUCUCCAAAUUAGUCUUUUGGUUCUGAUUAUAUGAAGAUUUAUUCAGGAGCAGCAAGUGGUUCUAGUUAAAUGUGGACAUUUUUAUUUUAUUUUUU